ACUCACUUUAUGUAUACUUUUUGGACGAACUUCCUCUUUUAUAGUGAGACGAAUUGAGCCCUCUUCUCAAGUCUUCAUUAUAAAUAUGAGAAAUUACAUAUAUAUAGCUUCGCAUUCCAUUUUUCUCCCUACAUAUAUAUACCAACACUUACACAGCCCAAAACUCUCUGUUUCUACCGUACAGCUCCUAUAUAUAAAAUGCAAACACUGAAGGAGCAAAACCGAAUUGUGUGGCGGUCGCGCUUGAAAGCUGCGCUACGAACAGUCGUGGCUUGCUCAAUCGUGGGCAUAACAACCCUGUGCAGCCCGGGGCCUGUCCGGCAUCUCCUAGCAUACCCUGCAUUCUCAUACGUGACGACCAUCCUGAUCGUGUCGGAAGCGACACUGGGGGACACGUUCCAGGGUUUUUGGCAUGUCUUGUAUGCGACCGUCCAGGUCAUGCUCUCCACGGUGCUGAGUCUCUGGCUGGUCGGUCCUGCCAGGUUCACCCCAGGCCUGGCGGCGGUCGCAGUCGCAAUCACCUCAUUCGUGGUGGCAAUACCGGAGUCCACCCACCUCCUGUCAAAGAGGAUCGCGUUCGGGCAGAUUGUGAUCGUGUAUGUGGGCACGACCAUACAAGGAGCCAGAACACCCAUCGUCAUGCACCCGCUUCAUGUGGCUCUGAGCACUGGUCUUGGAGCCAUUGCGUCCAUCCUGGCCUUGUUGCUUCCCUACCCCCGCCUUGCUUGCUCUGAGGUUCGGAAGAACUGCGGGAUGUAUGUUGAGAAUGCUACGGAGAGGCUGGAUUUCUACUUGGAUGCCUUCUCUUCAGGAGAUAGCGCAGCUGCAUCGGAUUUGAUUGCCAAGGCCAAAUUCUCUUCCAGAACAGGAGACAGACUUCUGCACAGCAUGAAAGACAAUGAGGAAGGAAUGUUGUGGGAGAGACCAGACAUCCGGUUCCUUCGACCUAAUUACAUGCAUUUGGCGGAAAGAUUCCAAGAAAUGGAGCUCCCCCUGAGAGGCAUGGAACUCGCCCUAAACUCAUGCUCUUCUUUUCCGAUUCCUGCGAUCGACCGGGAGCUGAGAAGCUUUUUGCCUCAUCAAAAGCUGGUCAUCGGGCAAAAGCUCGAGCAAGCAAAGUCUUUCGCUCCUUGUGCUGCAAUGACCACUCCAGAUACCAAAGAUGACUCCAUCAAGAAGUCCUUGCGUGCCAUAAGGACCGUGCCGGGGUCCCUUGAGGACCUGUCGGCUCUCUUCUUCUUGUUCUGCAUGGAACUCCUCCAGUGUGACCUGCCCAUGACCCUCACCAGAACUCUUUUGCCUGCAAUGGAUGAGAAGCAGAAAUUCGACAUAAAGCACGGGAUAGUGAAAUUAAAGCCGAGCAGCAAAAAUCUGGUCUUCGCAUUCAAGUGCUCGAUCUCUCUUGGCCUCGCCGUGCUACUGGGCCUGAUGUACAGCAGGGAGAACGGGUACUGGUCUGGCCUCACCAUCGCAAUCAGCUUCGUCACGGAGAGGCAGCCCACCUUUACAGUUGCAAAUGCGCGCGGCCAAGGCACGGCAAUGGGGUCUGUGUACGGGAUCCUCUGUUUCUUCAUUUUCGAGAGGUUCAUGGACCUGAGGCUCUUGCCCCUCCUUCCUUGGAUCGUGUUUGCAAGCUUCCUUCGGCAUAGUAGGAUGUACGGGCAGGCCGGAGGAAUCUCAGCUGUGAUCGGUGCGUUACUGAUACUUGGCAGGAAGAACUACGGGGCCCCACCUGAUUUCGCGAUCACCCGUAUUACGGAGGCCACCAUUGGGCUGAUCUGCUUCAUCCUGGUUGAGAUUUUGUUCGAGCCUGCAAGGGCGGCAACUCUAGCAAGGAUCGAACUCUCCCGGAGCUUCGGAGAAGCAAGAGAAUGCAUCAAGUGCAUAGUUCCGUGUCAUAAAGAGAAGGACCUGCCAGGUUCGGCCUUCCAGGAAUUUAGAGAAAGACUGAUCCACCUGAAAGCCCGUGUCUCCAGGUAUGAGACAUAUACCAGAGAAGCCGAAAUCGAACCCAACUUCUGGUUCUGCCCUUUUCCUGCGUCGUGUUACCUCACACUGUUGGAGUCGUUCUCGAGAGCCACUGAUCUCCUGCAAUUCCUCGCUAUCCAGAUGGAUACUCUCAAGCAUCUAUGCUGGAGCAUCGGUUUCCCGUGGAAGGACAUCGCAGACCUGUUAAAGGAUGGCGUCGAGCCCUUCACAGAAAGAGUCGGAUCCACUUUGGAGUGCCUUGAAAAGGUAACUUCUAUCAAGAACCUUAUUGAGAUCGACAAGGAGUUGCAGAAGAAGACCAAAACCAAACUACAUGACAUCGAGAUGGGGGCUCUAUCACCUCCUUAUUGUAUAGCGAAGGAAGACGUCGAUAAGAUCUCCAAUUCUUUUCUCCGCCAAUUGAACGGAGCGAUCCAAUGUAUCUAUGCUGAUGAAGGUGAGGAGGAGGUCAAGAGCCAGACGGCUCUGAGCCUCGGUGGCCUCGGGUUCUGCAUCGACAGUUUGAUGAAGGAGACAAUUGUGAUGAAGGACACAGUGAAAGAGCUCAUCACGAGACAGAAUCCAUCGUGCCAUGUGAAUUUGUGCGAAAUUUCCUGUAAGGUCGAUGCUCUGAGAAGCUAAAACCGGGUAACCUUGAGAUGACAAAACUCCAGAUGUACCAAUAAAAGGCCACAUAGCAUACCCGACCGACUGACAGGAGAACCACCAUGAGACGUGGUCUAGCAAAUUUUGUAUAUAAAUACACCUUGAUGCCUAUUGUAAAUCGGCAAGCUAAAGUAUAACAGAGAAUAUGAAAUUUAUUUUGAGAAUCA